GCGGGGAACAGCUGCCUGUCAGACGCGUUAUUCGGAGAGGGACUGAGGGCUAUGGACGAUUUAUCGACACAUUCCCCUCUCACACUGGAGCAGCCUUCUCAAAAACAUUUCUCUACUUUUGUCACUAGCUUUAAAUAAAGUCUACCUAUUUAAAAAAAUGAGACGUAUAGACAACAAUCGGUGAUUUUUGAUUCCAUUUUUUCUGCAAAAGAAGUCUAAGAGUUAUUAUUUUUUGUCUCAUUUGGAUAUGGCACACAUUUGGAUCCAAUAGGAGAAUUUCACAGCGUCAGACGCGUCUGCGGCGGGGGAAACCAGGCGGUGGGACUCGGAACUUUGCGUGGCACAGGAGACGCUCUCUUUUUUUCGGGAUCAGGCGCAGAGGGAGCCAUGGUGAACUAUUUCAUACUGGUGCUCAGCUGGACUGUGCUCUCUGAGGUGGCCAGAGCUCAGAAUGACACGGAGCCUAUCGUCCUGGAGGGGAAAUGCCUCGUGGUGUGCGACUCUAACCCCACCGCGGACUGGAAGGCUUCGUCCUCUCCGCUUGGCAUCUCUGUGCGCGCCGCCAACUCCAAGGUGGCUUUCUCUGCAGUCCGGAGCAACAACCACGAGCCGUCGGAGAUGAGCAACAAAACCAGAAUUAUCUACUUCGACCAGGUCCUGGUGAAUAUAGGAAACUACUUCACAUUCGAGUCAGUAUUUUUGUCCCCAAGAAAAGGAAUCUACAGUUUUAACUUCCAUGUUAUCAAAGUGUACCAGAGCCAAACUAUACAGGUGAACCUGAUGUUGAAUGGGAAACCAGUCAUCUCUGCCUUUGCGGGUGACAAAGAUGUAACUCGCGAGGCGGCCACCAAUGGAGUUCUGCUUUAUCUAGAAAAAGAGGACAAAGUCUACUUAAAGCUGGAGAAGGGAAACCUCGUUGGUGGAUGGCAGUACUCAACAUUUUCUGGCUUUCUUGUGUUCCCGCUGUGAGAAAAAAAAGCAAAGGAAAGAAGAUUGUAAGCUUCCUGACUUCUUCAUAAAGUGUGGUCACUGUAUAAUCAAAACAUUGCUGCUCCAUCUUGCCAAAAUGUUGAAAGGUGAUAGAUGGGAAAGGAUCAAAACAGAGAGAAGAUUUGGAAAUCAUUCACGUCCCCUGGAUGUGAGUUCCCGUCCAGAUGAAAGAGACUCGAUGAGCUAUUCAAUGUUUCUGCCAAUCAAGCAUCCUCAGAGAGGAAGACUCACAAAUCUAAAAAGUACUUUUCAUAGUUCAACGUGGCAACUGUUGCAUUCAAGUACAUCUGCGUUCUGGGUGUAAACUGUAUAUGCUUGUGUUACUUGUGUGACGAAUCAUCAAAGUAUUCACAUUGUAUGUAUCUUUUUUUUUGGGGGGGGGGGUAUCUACUCUGGAGCUAAUUGAUCCAGGUGAAGCGAUGAUGGUGGCGACAGCUUGAUGGAACACGUUCAUUUGAAUUUGCUUUAAAAAGAAUGAUUAAUGGAUUACUUAGUAGGCCUACUGGGUACAAAAGCACAACUACAGAGAUUAAAACCCUGAGGUGCCACAAAAGGCUACAAAGACACUCAAAGAGACAUGAAACAAACUUAAAAUCACACAAAAACCAAUACAAAAAUACCACAGAGAGACUCAAAACCACCAGAACGACUCAUGAUUAAGGUCUGCUUUUAUUGUGGUUUUUGCUCACUCAACAGUCUUUGCACAGAAGCUCCCAUUAUAUGCUAAAAGCUCCAUUAUCAGAGUCCAAAUUCCAUAUUUUUAAGAAUCACUGCUGUAACUGAUAAUUGGCUUUUGGUGAAUAAUGAAUGAAGGUUGUUUGUUUACUUUACUAGUCAACCUAGUCCCCCAGAAAUCACAUUCAUAUUAUAUCAAUUUCAUUUUGCAAAGAUGCUUCAAGGGGAUUAUUAUCAGUGGCAAUGUUAUGUUCAAUGACUGUUUUUGUAAUGGAUUGUAAAUCUGGAGACUUGAGUUAGCAUCCUGAUCCCACGUAUGGUAAGCUUUAAACAACAAAAGCUGCUGUAAUCAAUAUUUACAUCAUAACAAUUGAUCAAUGGAUGUGAAAUGUGUUGCUUCAUAAUGAUCCCAUAGGGAAUAAUCACCAACACUCUAGUUCCCUUUAGAUAUUUGGAAUAUUUUGGUUUUACGGCUCAUAAUUUUAGUAUUUUGGUUCAGUCUUUCUGCUUUAAUGAGCACUGUUUCCAGCCGGCAGAUAUGUUUCUACCUUAAAGGAUAUAUAAUCUCACUAAAUGCAAAUCUUUUAGCUGCCUCAAAGCACAAAGACGAAGUUAGGAACUAGCUGGUGAAAAUACUCUGGCAUACUGCUGCAAAAACAGCUGGAUAUUUUCCAAAAGUUGAAACCAAAACUAAAAUAUUGACCUAAAAUUCAGGAACAGACACGACUCCAAAAAUGUUUUCAUACUGCUUCAUAUCUGAUGUGCAAACUAACAAAUGUGUGCUAACAAAACGAGCCACAUUAACAGAACAAUAGGUCAGUGUCAGGUUGUUUCUGCUGCCCCCAUGUGCCCAACCCAGGUCAUUGCAGGUCGAGGAUUCGGCGCAUUUUCAUUUAAGCAAUACCGCCAUCUUUCCCUGACCUUAACCAAACGUGAGUGCCUAAUCGUAACCAUAGAAAGUGGUACUCCUGCUUCAGUUUCUACAGUAAAAGUGCAUUUUGUUGGGAAAGCAAAUAAAAAUGAUGCCAUUGAA